CCUAUCCUGUUUUGUUUUUCUUUCUGCCCCAUCGGCAGCCGUGUUUAGAGGAAAAUAAAUCUGUGAUCCGAUAAACCAACAGAGGCAGGGGGAUAAACAGGGGAGCAUCCAGCCAGACGGAAUUCAGGCUGGGCUGUGGACACCGGGACUGUUCAGCCCAUCAAUAUCCUGCUAUCCUUGUGCGAUGGGAACGGGGCGCACGCCCCUUGCUCUGGUACUGCUGGGCCUGUUUGUGGGUGGUGCCCUGGCAUGUUUCUGCGAUCACUACCCCUGGAGCCAGUGGACGGUCUGCUCUGUGACCUGUGGGGGCGGACUGAGCACACGGCGCAGGCAGUUCAACAGGGAUGAGUACUUCAGCAAGUUCAACUGUGAAAAUCUGUGCUCCCCUGGGGAGGAGAGCACCGCCUGUAACUUGGCCGGCUGUAGCACCUCCUGUACCAUCGGAGACUGGUCAUCCUGGUCAUCCUGUGAUCCCUGUGCCCGGAAACAGUUUCGUUACAGGAAGCUGGUGGUGCCAGCUGAGUUCGGGGGUCGGUGUGAGCAGACGGCGAUGACCGGUGACCGACGUUGUCUGCCUACUGCCUUCUGCGACAUUCAACAGACAGAAUGUGUCAAUACAUUCCGCUGUCAGAAUGGCCGGUGUAUUGACUCUUCCCUGAGGUGCAACGGGGAACAUAACUGCGGAGACGGUUCGGAUGAAGACGGAUGCCCGAAACAGGACCCGCCGUGUCCGCGGGGUGUGGAACAAAUCCCGGGAGCCCAGAUAAUUGGCAGCGGGUACAACGCACUGGCUGGAGAGCUGGCAGCUGAAGUCCUCAACAACACCAUCUUUGGAAGGGAUUGCAGGACGAUAUCGAGGAAGAUUCUUGGCAAAAAGUAUCGUGUUUCCAGUAACCUUUACAACAUCUCCCUGGAGGUAACCAACCUGGAGGAUGAUGUGACCAAUGAAUUCUAUUCUGAUGCCGUUGAUUAUGAAUCAAGUCGUUCCACUUCAGAAGAUGCGGCCAUUAGCAGCAAAAGCGGUACAAACUUCCUCAACCUGUUUGGCCGCACCAAGUCCAGAUCUUCCAGACGUACAUCCAGUUUCAGAGAGGUGAUCAAGGCUUCGAGGUCGAAGGACUCUGCCUUCGUACGAAUUCAUAAAAAAAUUGGCGUGUCGGAGUUCACGAUGAAGGAGACGAACCUCCAUGCAUCUGAACCCUUUCUGAAAGCCAUGAGCAGCUUGCCAGUGGAGUACAGCUACGCUCUCUACAGCCGAAUCUUCCAGGACUUCGGAACGCACUACUUCCACUCCGGGACUGUGGGCGGCAUCUAUGACCUCCUAUACCAGUACGACAGGAAUACUAUCAAGAGCUCAGGCCUCACGCAGUCCGAGCUGCGGGAAUGUCUGACCAUUGAAACUGUGACACGUGUUUUCGGCAUCAAGUUCAAAAAGAAGUCCAGAAGGUGUACUGACAACAGGAUGACCAUAGAGACCAAAGGUUCGAUCCUGGAAGUUGCGGAGAAGUCAGUGUCGAUGGUACAGGGGGGCCGGGCGGAGUAUGCAGCUGCCCUCGCCUGGCAGAAGGGGAAAACGUUCCCCUCAAACAAGACGUACGAUGACUGGGAGAAAUCCGUCCGGGAAAACCCCACUGUGGUGGACUUCAAGCUGCGGCCGAUCCUGGGGCUGGUGAAGGGGAUUCCCUGUGCGGUGACCAAGCGCCGGAAUCUGGAGCGAGCCGUGUUGGAGUACAUGGAGGAGUUCGACCCCUGUCGGUGCCGUCCGUGCCCCAACAACGGCAAGGUUGUAAUGGUGGACAACAGCUGUAUGUGCAUUUGUAAGGCAGGGACGUACGGGGACAGCUGUGAAUAUCGCUUACCGGACUUCACCUCAGACGUGCAAGACGGGUCCUGGAGCUGCUGGUCGUCGUGGAGCUCAUGCGAUGCUUCUCACCGAAGGAGGAGGAGCCGCCGGUGUGACAACCCGGCUCCACGACAUGGUGGGAAGAGAUGCGCGGGUCAGGCCAGCCAGCAGGAGCCAUGCGCCAUCGCCCUCUUCGCUGAUGGGAAAACCCUAUGUAUCGGUGAUGACGAGGAACGGAGAGAGAUGGUGGACCCAGAGCCAACAGAACCCAGUGAUGGCACCAUAUACUGCCCCAAACCUGACCCUCCAGAGAACGGCUACCUUAGGGUAUCUAAGCCUCGCUACCAAGUGGCGGAGCUGGUGGAGGUGGUGUGUUUCACAGGAUAUGCUCCGACCGGCUAUCAGUUCUACCGCUGUCUGCCCAAUGGCUCCUGGCUCAAGGAGGAACUGGAGUGUCAGCGGGAGGUGUGCAGCCAGCCAGUGACAUCUGACACAGCUAUGCUACAGCCUUUCCAAACAGAGUACAAAGUGGGCGAGAAGGUGGAGGUGAGGUGUCCUCACGGUAUGGUUACCACAGGACACGCCCGCUACACCUGUACGGCCAGCCUCACCUGGGAACCAGAGCCUCCUGACCAAGUCAGCUGUCGGAUCGCGGUCGACACCAGGGGAUGCUCCUUGGGGCAAAAGCAAAGUGGCUCAGGAUGUGUCUGCAUGUCUUCAGAGCAGGACUGUGGACCGGCCGACCCCCCUGAGAUGUGCGUGUUUGACGUUGCGACCCAGGAGCUGGUGGGCACCUCCAGGUGUGCCUACCUGGCGGACAGGUGUGAUGGGCGGCACCUGGAGCUGGUGAAGAUGGGACAGUGCCAGGAAUCUGACCUGCCGUGGGCGGUGGAGCGAGCCCAGCUACUGGCACAGAGCCCGAGGCAGCCCUGUGAGUCCCUGGACAGUUGUGGUCCAUGGGAACAGUGCGUAGGGUCCAUCUGUCGUUGCCUCCUUCCCAACCAGUGUCCGCAGGCCGGAGCCAACAACCACUGCAUCAUGGUAGGCUCGCAGCCGAAGAUGGUCAGCCUAUGCUUUCUGGGAGCACUGAAGUGCAGGAAGGUCCCAUUUCAGAUGUGUUGACCCUCCUCCACCCCCAAGCGGAUGUAGAAAUGCGCUUGCCACAUCCUCCCGGAAUCCUCAGCUUGCUGUGUACCUGUACGGAGCUGCUGCCUGCCUGUAUAACACUCCCACUAAUAAAGAAAAGCUGAGCUGUU